AUGGAAGACGUCGAGUAUCAGGAACCGAUCUUUGAGCUCGCCACGGAAUGCGAAGCCCUCUAUGCAACGCAAAUUUCACGGCUCAGCAAUGACGAUGACCCAAAUGCCGCAAAGCUGCUAUCGGACGUCUAUCAGCGGUUUUCGGCCUGGGCAGCGUUCCUAGGGGUUUUUGCCGAGGCAAACGUCUGCCUAGACCGAAGGCUGCGGCGUCAUGUUGAGAUACAGGACCAAGUUCUUCGUUUACUGGAUAUUAUGCAGAAGAAUUUGAGCUACUGUGCAGUACCCCUCUUCCACCCGGGCCGCUGA